AUGUCUAGUUCCUCCAGGCGACUCGCCAGGACCCCCAACCCAAGAGAUACAAGGUCCGUGCCUUCGAAUUUGGAGCUCGACGAAGAUGAGUCGACAAGUUUAGGCAUCUGCGCCGCUUUUUAUAUCAUCACCGUAGGGGUUGGGCUUCCAGAACCAGACGCGGGCUUCAGUCAACGAGGCGGUAAUAAGGGCAUGGCAUCGCGCACACACCGCCAGAACUCGGCGCGUGCAUCACGCCUAGGGCCUUCCCAGACCCGGGCAUAUCUGCGCAAGGCCUGUGAUGAGGACGCAACUAGAAGGCGCUCCUAUAGCCAGGAGCAAUCGAGCUCGCGAAGAUGA